GCCGCUCGGGUUGCCCCGCCAAAUAUUGCGUCCUGGGAUUCGCGACGCCUCCAAACGGCUGGCUGCACGUCUUAAGGGGAGCAGCACCGCACCAUGCGCCUGCCGCCGUGCAUUCGAAAUCCACACAAUUGCGCGCCCAUGGAUAUGCAAUACCUUGCUUGGAAAUAACCUUCACACCCCAAAAUCGCAAGCCAAUUCCCUGAACAUGGCUUCGCAGAGCCGUCUGCCGUCGAUUCGGCGCCCUGGCGGAUCGGGGUCCACCAAUGGAAAAUCGCGGCCUCUGUCUAUGUUCGAAAUGUCCGCCGAUGGAUUGCGAUCUUUGGGAGAAUCAGCCUCGAAUUUGUUAUCCUCGAGCGAUACCAAUACUUCGACCAAGCAAUCAAAGCGACGAAGUUUGCUUCCACAAUUUUCGAGAAAGGGCUCGGCCGAUACACGAGAUGUGGUAGCUGCGAUCAGAGAGGAUGAAAGCGAGAGUGCAGAUGGCUCCUCCGUUACAGACAGCAUUCAGGAGGAUAGAAGGGCAAUGCCUCCCCCAGCGAAACCUGCAAAGCAAGUACUGAAACCACCGGCCGCAAGCGGUUCCAAAGACAGCCAACCGAGCACUCCCUUGCACACGACUGUCGGACUACCAUCAGACAGCGCUCACAAGCGCAAUACUUCCUCAAAGAUGCCGAGUAUCCCUGGUCCGCGCACCUCGAGCAUACCUGGAAAAUCAGGCCAUGCGCGGACCACUAGCUCUAUGAGUAUGCAGGGUUACCAUAAUCGAACAGCCAGCACGGCAUCCAUUGCAGGCGACAGACGACCUACAUUGGGCACCGGUCGGCCGCCCACAUCAGGGUCGAUCAAGGCUUCGGGCCAACACUCUCCACCACGUCCUGUAUCAAGAUCGACUGGCAAAUCCGCGCUCCCGCCCCCAUCACGCCCUACAUUCUCAACGUACCAACAGCACUACAGCCCUGCGAAGUCUAUACAACCCAAGCCUGCUGUGCCUAUCGCCAAGGGUGUAGCGCCUGCGGUUGCGCCUGAGGAGGAGGAAGAGGAGGAGGUCCCAAUCACGUUUGAUGUGGCUAAAGACCAGAUCGAACUGCUACAGCUGUCUCUACUUCAUCAGACUUCGGCCUCGACCUUGAGAGCGUACGAGUAUAGCGCCAAGCAUAAGCUGAGCCACCGGCAUGCCAAACUUCAGCAAGCCUUCAGCACUAUCGAGGAAGAGGAACGCGAGCAGCGCAGGCAUAUAAAUCUGGAUGCCCUGGAAACUUGGUGUGUGGACUCUCAGCUUCUGGUCGAACACCUGCAAAUCCUAAACCGUGUCGUGGCCGAUUUGCACUCACUGACGGAACCCGGAAGUCGCUUUGAAGAGCUCGCAACAACCUUUGAGGACUGGAUCAUGGCUGCAGAGAAGUCCUUGACGGGCGGCGAUCAGGUCACAUCCUUCAUCGAGCCGCUCUCGGAAUCCUGGAGGACGGCUCAUACUUCGCUAGCAAUCAAACUGCGGUCGGUACAACAAGAUAUUGCCCAAUUCCCGCCCUUGCCUCGGGAGACCCAGCCAGGCAACCCUUCAAGCCUACAACUGAUUCUUACAACCUGCUCGAAGCUCGUCGAUGGAAUGUUGCGGGAGCUCGACAUGAUGACGAAGAUCCAAAAGGAGGUGCUGCGCCGAGGUCACGCGCAGGUCGACGAUUCCAUCAAGGAGCUUUUAGCUUCCAACGAAGGAAAUGCAACAAAGAAGACUUGGACACCUGCAUGGCACCAAGGAACGUGAGACGUACGGGAACAAAUGAAUUUGUAAUCUGCCAAUCAUAUCAGCAAUCUCGGCCUUCUAAAUCCGACUGCAAUCGACCCUAUACUAGUUGCCCGCAUCGGUCUGGGCUUCGGAAUCGA